AUGGGUGCUGUUCUCAGCUGUAUUCAGAGCAUCUUUCGCACGAUCGGCAGCGUACUAAUGGCCAUCGUCAACGGCGUCGGUAACAUCCUGCACGCCAUCAUCAGCGGCAUCGUGUCAUUCUUCGACAUCCUCAUCAGCUUCUUCACCUGCGGCUACUGCGGCGGCCGACGUCGACGCAUGGGUGGCACGAGGGGAAGGCGUCAUCAUACCACUACAACAAGUCGGAUCUAA